AUGCGCUACGCUGUCCUCGUCACCGGGCCCGCUGGUGCGGGCAAGUCGACCUUCUGUGGCGCGCUCAUGACGCACCUCCAGACUGCAAAACGCACUGGGCACCUCGUCAACCUCGACCCUGCUGCAGAGGCCAGCUCGUUUGAGUACGAGCCUGCGAUAGACAUCAAGGACCUGGUCAGCUUGGACGAUGUCAUGUCCGAGCUGGGAUAUGGCCCGAACGGUGGUUUGGUGUAUUGCUUCGAAUACUUGCAACAAAACCUGGACUGGCUGGAGGAGGAAUUGGGUGGAUUCGAAGAUGACUACCUGAUUAUCGACUGCCCAGGACAAAUCGAGCUCUACACACAUCAUCCUUUUCUCCCCAUGCUCGUCCGCCACCUCAACCGCCUCGGCAUCCGGACAUGCGCCGCCUACCUCAUCGAGUCGCAAUUCAUGGAAGACAAGUACAAAUUCUUCAGCGGCGUUCUCUCGGCUAUGAGUGCGAUGGUGAACCUCGAAAUUCCCUGGAUCAAUGUCAUGUCGAAGAUGGACCUGGUCAGCAGCAGCGAGAACGACGCGGCGAGCGGACGUAACGGCAUCCGGACCCGCAAGGACAUCGCGAGGUUCCUGGACCCUGACCCGAUGCUGCUCGUGUCCGCGCCGGGGAGCCGCGAGGAGAAGACGGAGCGCAACUCGCGCUUCCACGCGCUGAACCAGGCGAUCGUCCAGCUCAUCGAGGACCACCCGCUGGUGUCGUUCCUGCCGCUCGACCUGACCAACCCCGACUCGAUAGAGACCGUCCUGAGCCACAUUGACUAUACGAUGCAGUACGGGGAGGACGAGGAGCCCAAGGAGGGCGACUUCGUGGACAUGGAGUAG